AUGUUCAUGGGGUUGGAGCAGCUCCCUUAUCAGGAAAGGUUACAUCUUUUGGGGCAAGUAAAGGGAGGCAUGAUAGAAGUGUAUAAGACUGUGCCCUGCUCUGACAUUUGCUGUGGUGAAGCAAGCUUUAUAUCCAAAGCUGGAAAUCCAUGUUUUUUGAAUAAAAUAUGCCAGUUAAGAAAAAGGACAAUACACCUGAAGAGAAAAACCAGAGACCUUUCACCAGAUUCAGAAACUCAGUAUGAUAACAUUACAUCUAUCCCAGAAGGUCAACAAACCUUUAAUCAAAUAGUUGGAACAGAAGAAAGAACUGUUCCAGUAUACAUUCUUAUUUAUUCAAACAAUUUAAUUCUAAAUUGUUUGACUGAGAGGCUAUUAAUGCAGAGAAUAAUUGAUCCAAAAUACCAAUGGACAGGUCCUCUAGGACGAAUAAAUAAAGAAUCACAAAGAUUUGUUUUAACUGAUGAUGGUAACUUGGAGAUUUAUAAUAUUAAAGGCAGUGACUCUGGAGGUUACACUUGCAAAGUGAAAUAUAUAUAUAAAACUGAACAACGGGCUACAGAAAUCCAUUUUAUGGUCUAUGUGUACCAUAUGCCAGGGAAGAGUAUACAUCUGUCAUCUGAAUUCACAAUUCGAACCUGUGAAAGCAAUGCAGUUGCUGCAUUUGAAAAGCAUAUUUUAGAAAAAUUGGAGAGCUUAGUCUACAACCUGGGGUGUGAGAUCAAGCAGUGGAGUACACAGUGCCAUGCUUCUACAGACACACUGGAAAAGAUAACACAUAAACUUACCUUUCAGUUUGUAGUAUUUCCUUUAGUGCUAACCAUGGAAGAUCUCUGUAGAAGUUCUCAAUGUGGAAAUUCCACCAGCAACAUCAAACAGGCAUAUGCCAAGAUGAAGCAUUUCUUUGAAGACCAAGACACUGACUCCUCUCACAGUGAUCAUUCAAGUUACGUUCCUGGCACUCUGGCUGGCGUUAAAGUAGACCACUGCAAGCCAGGAUUUGGGAAGAAUAUAAAUGCCGUAAACAGUAAUACAAUGUGUCCGGGAUGUUGUGUAACAUGCCCACCAGGUAAAUUCAGUGCAAAAUAUGAUACCAUCUGCACUCUGUGUCCUGCUGGAUCCUAUAAUGAAAAGUAUGGCCAAGCAGCAUGUGAAAAUUGUCCAAAAGCACAGAGCAGUGAUGGAAAGGGUGCAAAGACAGAAAGAAACUGUCAUAGAAUUCUACCAAUGUGGAUGGUUUUUUUAAUAUCUUCCACAGCAACCAGCCUUGUUCUUGUGACAAUUUGGGCCAUCAUAACUAAGUGCUUCAAAAAAACAAUAGCAGCUCAAUACAUCAGAGAAGCAGAAUCUGAACUUAAGAGGCGGCUGCAGACAUUUGCAAAUAUUGCAAGUGAUGCAGAAAUACAAGAGCAAAGAAGUAAAUUAAGUCCCAUCAAAAUGCAAAGAAACAAAGUUGAAUUCUUAGAAGAAUCCAUGGGAUUAUUAAGCAAUGAUGAAGUGACAGAACCAUCCACACCUGCUGGCACAAGUCUAUCUCCUGACCAAACAGGACCAAGUGAAUUAGAAACUAGCUUUGAAGACCAGACAUCACCCUCUUUGGACAAUGAAACUAAUUUAAUUCCAAAGGACCUGCCAACCAAUCAGCAAAGAUUAGUUGACAUAAUGAAACACAAACUAUCCUAGCUGCUGGGUGACCUUCACAGUUUUGCAUAAACCUGUAAUAAGGGGUCAGAUGAAGGAUGAAUUAUCUCCUAAAGAAUGCUUGCUGGAAAGCUGAAAAAUGAGUUCAUGCUUGCCUAUGUCUCCUAGACCCACCAACAACACUUUUUUUCUGGAGGAUACUUCAGCAGAAGGUUGACGUUGCUUAGAGAGGGUUGUAUACUGAAGUACACUCGUUUGUUUGCAAACUGGCAAAUUGUCCAAUUUUGUGGACAAAUCAGAUUGUCGAGGAAGGUUACUUUACACAAAACGUCUACAUAGCCAAAGUGGAAUCUAGACCAAAGUGAUGCUAAGUUUAGAACUAUUGUCUUCUCAAGCCAAAUGGCAAAUAUGUGGUAUACAAUUUAAGAUAUAGUAAUCUGUGUAUAUUCUAUGUGACAUGUAUUGUGUAAGAAGUAAAGUUAGGAAGAAAAUUUUCAAAAAUGUUAAUCUGGAGCAAUGUCACUUGAGCACAGACCAUAAUACUGAAAAGUCUAAGAGAACGUUAAAGCGCCACAAAGCUUGAACAGGUUGUUUUAAUUUUGCUCACUACUUUGCUGCUGCUAAUGCAUAGCUGCUCUAAACCAAAUUAUACCAGCAGCCACUAGCACAGUGGGACCAUAGGAUUCCUCUGCUACCGAUGGAGCCAUCCUAUCUCACUAUACAGCCUUGAAACCUGGUCUGCUUUUGAUCUUCUGUCCUGCUAAAAGAAAGGCAAAAAGCACAGCAGAACCCAGUCUUAAAUGUCUUGGAGGAAAAACAGGAGCUGCUGCUGAAAGUUGUUUUUGAAUCUUUUGUCAAAUCUAGCGUUCAUAUAUUUCAAAAAUGACCUUAAAUUUCUUCCUAACUUACUGAAUUCCACAGUACCUUUUUCAUAUGCAACCUAAGCACUUGAGCUUAUGCAUGAAAACUUUCCAAGUUUCCACUGCUUACUGCAACUCCUCAUGCUCUGAGGUUGUUUCUGAGAGCCCUCCCCCCUGCCCCAAAUUUUACAAACAGCGUUUGGUACGGGGCUGAGAUGCUGCAUAUCAUGGGUGAUAAAAGGAGUAGCACAAACACUAAAGUCCAUUCAGAGAAUGUGGGAGCUAUUGAGAAUCGAUCGGCAUGGCCUGAGGUUUUCAGCUUUUGCUUCCAGGACCACCUUUGUCUAUGGAAUAAUGCACUAACAUUUUCUUAACUAUAUCCAUAUGAAUUCUGCAUAUUAGACAGUGUGACGGUACAGAGAAGGACAGAGCUCUUCAUUGUUAAUAAUUGUGUAAACAAAAUUGAAUUUGGACAAGGGCAACAUCAUGUAAGCCUGAGAAACUGCAUCAGUUGAAAUUUCCCUUUGUACAACUAUUGGUUUCCCUUGAUUGUACAUUCACCUCUACUGCAGCAAGGCUCAGGUAGUAGUUCUAUUCUUCUGGAAGAGGACUCAUCUCUUGCCAUUCCCACACCUACCUUACUUAACAGUUUCUGAAGAUAGUGUUUUUCUCUUAUUUUCCUUCAUAUAAAUCAGGUAAAAAGUAAAAAGAAAAAAUGCAGCAGGAAUGCAGUUUACUGCAAAAGGUCUAAGGGCACAUGUGCACACCCUGGAUUUUUCCUUGAGUACUCUGUUCACUUGCCCAUCUCACAAAGUGGAUUGGGGUGAUGUUGCUUUGAUACAGAACACAUGACAGUCUUUUUCCCCUCUAGAUUUGCUCCAGCAGUAGAGGAGUAGAUAUUGAUAAACCCAAGAACUAUUACUUUAUACCAGUGAAAACCCUAAUGUUAAAGUAUGCCAUUUUAUACAUCAGAUUUUAUAAAGUUGCCAUAUUUUUCAAAGGACACAUGAGAAAAUAAAAAUUAUUUUAUUAAAAUAGAAGUUUUCAUAUUGCAUUGCAGGACUUUUUCUUUUAUAAGAAAACAAAAACACUUCCCACAACAUAUGACAACACAGAAAUGUUGAAAUUAAUUUUCAGUUACUCCUUUUAAAGGUCAACAAUUUGGCAAAAACAAUGCUACCUGUAUACACUUCCAAAGCUGGCUAUCAUAAUACUGAUACAAAAUACUUCAAGUAGAGAAUGUUCAGGUCCAGAAGAAUAGGGCAGAAACCAGCAGGCAUGUCCCAUUGAAGUGAAUGAGAACUGUGCACGGUCACAACUGUGCUCUCACACAGCUCAGAUUUACUUUAAUUAGGCUUCUAGAGGAGACCUUCCCACUAGAUUGAAUCCUAAGAAUUAAAAUAUACGUUUUGUAUAAAACAUUGAUACACCAGAACUGUAAAUUUAGAUAGUAUGCAAAUACUGUAAUAUUUAGAAUGUCAUAUUGAAAUUCUUCAUAACUUUUCUUCAGAGUAAACAUUUGCAUCACUGUUUAUUACAUACAUUUUUACAUAAAAUGAUAGCUUAAAGCAUGAUUGCCAACUGGCAGGGGAGGGACACUGCAAAAACUUUUGCUACUCUUUGCAGAGUUAGGCUCAUGGCUAUAUUCUUCCUAAUUAAAUAUAGAAUGUAGUUACAGGAAUAGUUUAGUUAUUCAGUCGUUUUUUGGUAAGUUAAGUAGCAGCAAUUUGUUCUGUUUAGAAAUUUUUGUUUACAAAUAUUCUGAAUGAUAUACCUCUAAGUCCAGAGUUACUAAUCUUUUUUGGCUUGAGGGCCACAUUCACCUUUAGCCAACCCUCCAGGGGCUGCAUGCCAGUGGCAGGUGUAGCCACCCCACUCUCUCAAACAUGUAGGCAGGCACACAUACACACACAGGACACACACAGACUCACAGCCUCCCUUGUUACCUGCUCUGUGUACAUCAGCUGAGAGGCAGAGGUUAUCACCCCCUCCUCACUCAUCAAAUGAUUCAUCUGAUGACUGGGGACGGAUGAUGUGCAUCCCCAUCAGGGUGCUGGGUGGGGACGUUUAAACCCCUCUGCCCACCCUAGCUCCAUAUCUACUUAAUUUCUUUCCCUCUUUUUGCUGCCAUCAUAACUGGGGUGGGGGGGAGAAAAAUUUUGUUUGGGAUAUGCAUUUGGCCCUGGAUAGCCUCUCUGUCUCUAAAUAAUAGGCAAAUAUUGUGCAAGAUUAUUACAAAGUAUUUUUAUGUUUCUGGAAAAAAAUCUUGCACAUUUUCCUCUUUUAGAAAAUAAAAAUGGCCACCUUGGUGCAACAAUUAUUUGGUACGUAGCUUUAUUUGCUGCGUAUGGCCUCUUUGUAUUGCUCUCUGCCCGGUGAGUGUAGGAGGCCAACUUUUGUGGGAAGUUCCUGCCUCUGGGGCUUGGAGGCAAUCUCCAUGACAACUUGCUGAAGAGGAGACUGGGGCUACUCCCUCAAACUCCAGUUCUGUUUCCUGUCUUAUGGAGUGAGAGAGACUCUUGUUCAACUCUCAGGCAUCAGAGCCCUGACCAGGAAAAAACCUUUUAAAAUUAAGAUUCGGCCAGUACUACGCUACAUAUAGCAGAGGCAUUGGGACUUUAGCUGAUGACCUUCCUGGCUGGCACACUGGGGGACAGUGGCUCGCCUCAUCGAUUCCCUGCUUAUCCCCUCCCCCUCAUUCACUGGGUGAGAAAUCAAAGCAGCUAGUCAGCAGAAGCCCCAUGAAAGCAGUGUUUUCUGUUCAGUGUGAGGUACUGGGCAAGCCACCUGUACUUGCUGGAGCAUCUGCCUGUUUGUUAAGUUAACUCUUGUCCACCUGAACUCCAAGUCUGGGAAACCAAAACAGAUGGACCAAUUAAGCAGUAGUUUCCAGACUGAUUUAGUAUUGCAGCCCUCUAAAUUGGUUCUGGCCAUUCUUCCUUAUAAAGAGAACAUCCCUUAUUUAGGGCUCAAGGAGGUUGGCAAUUAUAGGUCAGCAAAAUCUGGAGGGCCACAGGCUCCCUAUCCCUGUUUUAAAGUAUGCAAGGAUAAGGCAAAGCUACCAAAACUGUAAUCGGACCAUUGGUCUCACCUGAAGGGUGGUUUUCCCAAGUAUCAUACCAUCACAUGGGUAAUAGUG